AUGAUAAUGGAUUCCCUGAGUGGGGGAUAUCGUAGAGGUCACAUUGGGAGAAAAAAAGCUCUAAAGUCUCCAAAGGAGCCUUCUGAUCUGCGAAAUCCCCCGGUUUUUUCGCAGUGGUUCUCCGUACACAAAGCUAGUGUUAUGGUGGCGACAAUGAAGUUGUCGCAUGAGGAGAGUAUCUCCAUUUCUACUUCGCGUUUCCAGAAUAGGGCUAGGCCUCCUCCUCCAGGGCUAUGA